UAUUUGUAAAUGAGAUUGAAACCCUCCUCUGGGCAAGAACAUCGAGUGCCAGUCCACCGGAGGAAACUACCGUCGACGACGUUCCUUUCUUUCCGUGCCGGUAAAAUCACCGGACAAAUGUUGCCAGAUUCCUCCACCUCUGCCACCGCUACUACGACUAUCCUCCUCCGCCGCGCUUUCAUUUGCUUGGUCUUCGUCGCUACUAUGUCUCUGUCUUGCUUUAUUCUCAUCAGAGGCUCCGAAUCGAUUGGGCUUCGUAUUCCCAACUCAUUCGGCACCUCGUCUCGCCUCCAUCUCGUCCCCUCUGCGGUUGAUGAUUUUCCACAGUCAAGAGUGUCUGGGCCAACUUACGCGCA